AUGGGGGUGGAAGAGACGAUCAUUCAGCAUCCAUGGAUUUACUCUCUGGGACUCAUGACAGUUCCCAUCUUGAUUGGAUCCCUUGUAGCCCUAGCUUACUACUUCUACGAGAGGAAUACAAGGAUUUUCCAGCUGGGAUCGAAGAUUCCAGGACCGCCGCCAAUUCCGUUCUUCGGCAACGCUCACAUUGCCAUAGGAUUUCAGAAUGAAGAAAUCUUCAAGUUGGCCACAAGACUCGCCGAUGUGUAUGGAAAUGGAGAUAUCGCGAGAGUAUUCUUCGGCAACAAACUCGUCGUUGUGCUCAUGCAUCCUGACGACAUUGAGAUCAUCCUCAACAGCAACGUUCAUCUUCAGAAGUCUGAUGAGUAUCGCUUCUUCAAGCCGUGGCUCGGCGACGGACUCUUGAUCAGUUCGGGCGAGAAGUGGCGAAGUCAUCGCAAGAUCAUUGCUCCGGCCUUCCAUCAGAACGUGCUGAAGACGUUCGUCAAUGUCUUCAACAGCAACAGCAGGGCUGUUGUGGACAGAAUGACCAAGGAACGGGGUAAGGUGUUCGACGUCCACGAGUAUAUGAGCGAAGUCACGGUUGACAUCCUCCUGGAGACGGCAAUGGGAACUGCCAGGUCAUCUCAGGACCACGAUGGGUUCGAAUAUGCCAUGGCGGUCAUGAAGAUGUGCGACAUUAUUCACCAAAGGCACUACAAGAUCGACUUGCGAUACGAUCCGAUCUUCUAUUUCACCAAAACCAAGCAAGAUCAGGAAAAGUACUUGGGAACAAUUCAUGGUCUGACGACCAGAGUGUUCCAGGACAAGAAGAAGAACUUCCAGAAAAAUGCCGAAGAAGGAAAUCUACCGAAACCAUCCUUGGAGGAGAUCAUCAACAACCCGAAGACUGCAGAAGCUGUUGUCGCUUCGUCGCCAAAGAAGGGCUUGAGAGACGAUCUGGAUGAGCAGGAUGAAAAUGACGUGGGCGAGAAGAGAAGAUUGGCUUUUCUGGAUCUCAUGAUCGAGACCGCUUACUCAGGAUCCCACAUUUCGGACUCUGAAAUCAAGGAAGAAGUCGACACGAUCAUGUUCGAAGGUCACGACACAACAGCUGCUGGAUCCAGUUUCUGCCUGUGUUUGUUGGCCAUUCACAAGGAUAUCCAGGAGAAGGUUUAUCAGGAGCAGAAGGCAAUUUUCGGAGACUCUAAUCGUUUCGCCACCUUUGCCGACACAGUUGAGAUGAAGUAUUUGGAGAGAGUGAUUCUGGAGUCCCUGCGACUCUAUCCGCCAGUCCCUAUCAUUGCCAGGCAGGUCAAUGAGGACGUGAAGAUCGUCACUGGAGGUCAUGUGAUCCCCAAAGGCGCCACAGUCGUCAUUGGUACUUUUCUGGUCCAUCGACGAAAGGACGUGUACAAAAAUCCACUUGUCUUCGAUCCAGACAAUUUCCUGCCCGAACGAACCCAAAACCGCCACUAUUACAGCUUCAUCCCCUUCUCAGCCGGACCCAGAAGCUGUGUUGGCCGAAAGUUCGCCAUGCUCAAGCUGAAGGUGCUUCUCUCAACCAUUGUUCGGAAUUUCCACCUCAAAUCCAAUCUCACGGAGGAAGACUUCCAGCUCCAGGGCGACAUCAUUCUCAAGAGAGCCGACGGCUUCAGGCUGGAGAUCGAGCCGCGGCAGAACGCAGCGUCCGCCAAGUGAUUCACUGUGAACGAUUUUAUUGCAAUAUCUCUGUAAAAUAAUCAUUAUAA